AUGCUGCCUCUAGAGACAGGAACAAUGUUGCAUGAUAAUCUCAACACUAGCUUUGACGCCAUUUACGAGCCAGUGUUCGACACCAGUUACGACUCGCCCUCAGCAGGGUACGCCUCACCCUACGUCGAGCCGCCCUGGAAGCACCACAUCUUCACAACAAUCAGUUCCCCCAGGAACGAGAGAGGAGACGUAAUCAAACUGGAAGGAGAUUCACAAGACGACCAGAUCGAGGGUGACCCGUACACGAUUCUUGGCCCACUGUGUAGCAAGCUCGCCACCCAAGGCUCAGGUCAAAUCCAGUUGUGGCAGUUCCUCCUGGAGCUGCUCUUAGAACCCGCCAACGCCGCCGUCAUCACCUGGGAGGGCACGGCCGGGGAGUUCAAGAUCCUGGACCCAGACGAAGUAGCGAAACGAUGGGGUGAGAGGAAGUCCAAACCUAACAUGAACUACGGCGCUCUCCCGCCCUCAGAUACUAUUAUGACAGGAACCUCAUGA